AGCGCGGGGAGCUUUAAGUUGGGGACAGCAACACCACGUUGCGAUACGAUAACGGGUGGGUUACGCUUCCGGUAUAUACCACGUCCUCUCUGCCUGGCCCCGACUCGCAGUCCUUCUGCUGCAGUCAUCCCUCUUCUUUGUCCAAAGAGGCGACUCCUCCCUCUGCAACACCCCCAUGAACUUCCUCAAGUCUGCCGUGGCCUCGGCCAUCGCACAGGGACCCCCCUUCCCUUAUAACUUUGGCGACAUCGUCGAUAUUGACGAGUCGAUCUGGACACUAUACAACGGCACAAAGAGGGAAGACGGCUCGAACUGCAGCAUUUUCUCCUUCGACAUUACCGCAAACCGAUCCCAACUCCCCCUCGCCAAGAACGCCCUCAAGAAGCUGCGAACCCUUCGACACCCAGGCGUGAUUAAAGUCCUUGAUGCUGUUGAGACCGAAACCUACAUCUACAUUGCGACCGAGCGAGUUAUCCCGUUGAGGUGGCACGUCCGAAGAAAGAGCCUCAGCCCGGAAACGAUAAAAUGGGGAGUUCACAGCAUUGCACGCACGAUCAAGUUCAUCAACGAUGAGGCUUCCUCCAUUCACGGCAGCCUCAAGGUCGGAUCGAUCUAUACUUCAGAAAGCGGAGAGUGGAAGUUGGGAGGAUUUGAUGUCCUAAGCAGUGUCAAGGACGACGAGUCAAUCAUCUACACGUACGGCAGCGUGGUACCAGAUGCAGGUCGAUAUGCGCCCCCUGAAUUGGCCCGAGGGGGGUGGGAGGUGAUCAAGAAGAACCCCCAUACAGCCGUUGAUGCGUUCAACCUCGGAGUCCUGGUGUUUGAAGUUUUCAAUGGCGACUACUCCGGAGCGGAUCGGGCUGGCCAGACAAAGAAUAUCCCACCAACGAUGCAUUCGAGCUACAAGCGCCUCUGCAACGCCAACCCCAAGGCGAGAACUAGCGUUGGUAACUUUCUUGACCAAGGAAACAGGGCGGGGUCCUUUUUCGAUAGCGCUCUUAUUAAAUUGACUGAGGGCAUCGACAACCUCGACAUCAAGUCGGCCGAGGAGAAGGAGGAGUUCUUAACUGGCCUGGACCAAAUCAGCGACGACUUCCCGGAGGAGUUUUUUAAGAUGAAGGUUAUGCCUGAACUGAUGAAGUCGGCCGAAUUCGGCGGUGGUGGCCCAAAGGCAGUCGGAGUAGUAUUGAAGAUUGCUACUAAGCUCUCUGCUGAAGAUUUCGAAUCCAAGGUUACACCUUUCGUUGUACGGCUGUUUGGAAACCCUGAUCGGGCUAUCAGAGUCUGCCUUUUGGAUAGCCUCCCUUUGAUGAUUGAUCAGCUUUCCCAGAAGAUUGUCAACGACAAGAUCUUCCCACAGAUGAUGACCGGCUUUACAGAUGUAGCACCCAUUGUCAGGGAGCAGACGUUGAAAUCUGUUCUUGUCAUCAUUACUAAACUAUCAGACCGUACUAUCAACGGCGAUUUGCUCAAGCAACUUGCAAAGACGGCAAACGAUGAGCAAGCUGGCAUUCGAACAAACACCACAAUCUGUCUUGGAAAGAUUGCGAAGAACCUAGGAUCUUCAUCUAGAUCAAAGGUUCUCAUUGCUGCAUUCACGCGGUCUUUGAGAGAUCCUUUCCUUCACGCGAGAAACGCUGCCCUGCUGGCGCUAGGCGCUACUUCCGAGUACUUUUCAGACGAGGACUGCGCCUGUAGAAUCAUUCCCGUCGUUUCCCCCCUGUUGAUCGACAAGGAGAAGCUCAUUCGUGACGCUGCUAACCGCACUGCGGACGUCUAUCUCCAGAAGAUCCGGAAAGCUGCUUCUACUAUGCCAGACAGCGUUCUUCCUCCCCCACAGGCAUCCGACGCAGCACCUCGAAUGGGCACGCCACAGCCGACCGAGAAUGCUGGGUGGACAGGGUGGGCAAUUUCCUCGUUUACGAACAAACUCUCAGCCGCGGCAGGCGAAAUGCAGACCGAAUCUGGUUCCAGGGCCGUUUCUCCCAAACCACCCCCGUCCCUCGGUACAGAGGCGAAGAAGCCGGCCAUGUCUUCUGCCUCGAACCUUCAUCGCCAAGCGGUAAAAUCACCACCACCAAACGUGUCGCGCAAAUCAUCGUCUAGCGUGGUUGCUGAAGCUUUCUUGCCGGCAGAUGAUGGAGAUGAAGGUGUGGACUCUUGGGGUGAUAUGGGAGACGAUGAUGGCUUUGGCUCCUCAACCAAAGAGCCGGCAAAGCAACCUGCCACCUCGGCGACUCCAUUUGAUGAUGGCGACGAGCCAGACUUUGCUGGGUGGUUAGCCGCUCAAUCUCAGAAAAAAUCUGGACUGAGUAAACCACUACCGAAGGGUCUGUCAAAGUCUGCCGCUGCGAAGAAGCCGUUGGCCAAACCUGCCGCCAAGCCCGUCGCGGCUAAGAAGAUCGACAUGAAGCCUAAAGAGAUGGAUGAUGAUGAUGGUUGGGGUGAUGGAUGGUAGCAACGUUUAGAAUUGGUUCUUGGGAGAGUGAAAGACGAGUAAACCAAGCCGCCACGUCUGCCGUCAUGUAGCUGGCGCUGGAGUUUGAUAUCAGGAUAGCAUCCAGUGAUGGUUCGGCAUGAGCGUUAUGAAGACAGGAUAUUUGCCAAUCUCUUGGAUGGGCACAGUAAUUAAUUAAAAACGCUCUUACCGAAUUUAAUUACAACAUGCUGGACGCCUUCAGACACGGUCUUUUUUUACUACAGGAGAAAUCAUAGUGUCUGUCUCAUUAGACGAUGGUUUUCGAGGUGGGGCACGCUGGCUUGGCUCACCGUCGGUGAAAACUCGGUGGGGGCGGGGAUGUUUUGGCUCCAGAUUUGUCCCACCUUAAUUUUUUCACACCAUCCACCAAGCAACCACCUUGGCCUGGUUCUUCCCUCUCACAACUCCU